UGGCAAUAUUGUCAGUCAUGACUGAUUGAUGCUGAGCCUCGAUGUGGCAUACACACCCACUGUCACACUAGUAAAUGUGUUAGACAGGGGUGCUGCCAGACCAGACAAACGCACAAAAUAAACUUCAGGUACACACAGACACACUUGCUAACCAACUACAACAAAAGAGUUUGACUGACGUGCUCCUGAUCUGGUCCCUGUAUCUGGCUAUUAUUCUUGGACCUGCUGUAAUAGUGCUUACACCUGCACAGAGUGGCUGAGCUUCGUACAGGUGACCUGUUUCCCCGUUAUCGUCUUUCCUCUUUGCCCGCACCUCUACAACAAUUCCUCCACUGUCGCUAUUUCAUUUACCCACAACCAACUUGACAUAUGAAGACUGAUACAAAAACAAGAAAAUAAUUACAAUAUUAAUACACUGGAUACACCUUCCGGACACCAAAUUAAUGAUCUACACAGCUUUGUGUUCGAUUUUAUGGACAUUUAGUAUCAGCAUUGGAACUGUUUAAACGAACUUGAUCAACUUGACUCUCUGUUACAUCUAUCACUCUGGUGAAACUUCCGACAGCUGUAUUUGGGAAGAAUUUACUCCGAACUAGUGACUGGUUCUUCGGCACACUUGAUAUCCAUUUAUAUACGAAAAAAUUCGAUAACUGGUCAGGAUUUUACAUGCAUUGUACGUCUUAAUGUGUUGUGUUUCAUAAUUAUAAGUGUGGUCUUAAAAGGAGAGAAAUCGGUUGUAUCUUGGACGCGUUGAAAACAUUCGGUGGUACAAAAAAAAAAAAAAAUUACGAAAAAUACUCGGUGGUAAUAUCAAAAAUUUCUGUAUUUGUUUUUAAAGUUUAUGUUGAAGUCUUCACGACUCAUUCUAUUAAAUCUCUGUCAAUUUUAAAGCUACACCACCUUUUGGUAAUGGUGCUUGAGGGAUAUCGUCACAAUCACUCAUCUAGGACCCAGUCUUAACAAGACACGUUUGAUCACUUAUGGCUAUGCCGUUUCUUAUUUGACUUUUUUUCUCUCUGUCAUAUGAAAUCGUUGUUCGUCUCGUCAGUCCCUGUAGCCGUCUCACGAUGUGGAUUGUAAACAUUUCGAUUUAACCCAAAUUAAUUCAACACCCCACCCUUUUUUCUUCUACUCAUGAACUCUUUUUUCUGUUUAAAAUUAUAAACUUUAGCAUUGGAUCUGCUGAGCAACAAAGAAAAUUAUUGCCAUUUAUAUAAAUGUAUCAGUCUUCCACCUGCCUUACCAAUUCCGUUUGUCAUAGAAGCUAUAAAAAUAUAAUUUUACCAGUAGUAUUUGGUUACCUGUGAUAACUUAAUCAUCUAGCCUAUUCUUUGUGUUUGGCUUUUGGGACUAUGUCGUCCUUUUCCUACCACGUAAACUGUCUUUCAAGAACGAAGAUUCUUGCCUCCAGCAGUGUCUAUUGCCAUCCAGUGUACAACAAGAGUGAUUAUACACAACUUUCUUCGAGAUGAUGAAGAAAAUCACUUGGAAAGGUUUUCGGUUGCCCAACAGUGGGCAACAGCAGCGCCAAAAAUCAGGCAGCACUAGUACUAAUUCUUCAGUACCGUCCCCGUCCUCUACCUCUAACGAUAUUUUAAGUAGUGGAUACCACGGCAGUGUAAACCACAGUCAAUCUUUGUCGCGACUACACCUGGACGACAGUGGUCAAGAAAGUGAAGAUAUGGUUUUCCUGCCAGCAGAUGGCAGCUGCACAGAGUUACAGCAACAACAUGAAGGUAAUUGCAAGAAAAGGCAAAUACAAAUGACAUCGAAGAAGUUGUUUUCAGCUUCAUUGAAUUCACCAUAUUCACAAAACAUGCCUACAUCGAGUACUGUAAAUAGCACUUCCACAGAAUCAUUUUGCUCAUCAACUUCGAAUAGUACACUUACAAAUACCAAUGUGAUUUCUACAAUGAAAAGUCCAGAAGUAACCCACAGUUCAUCAUCUAAUGCUCUGUCUAGCAAUAUUUCAUCCUCAGUUUCAUCUUAUUCUCUUUCUUCUCCGACGUAUUGUCCAAGCAAUGGUGGUUCAUCUCCUACUUCAAUGCAAUCUCAGCACUACCAGAUUGAUAUGUUGCAGUCUCACCGACAUCAUAGCCAUCAUCCUAAUAAAGAAGACAACAGCUUGCUUAUUGUUCCUAUGGUUGAGCAAGUAGGUGUUCCACCUAAACAACGCAAAGAGAAGAAGAAUCUUCUGCGCAAUCUGAGGCGAUGUUUUACACCUACACUUCAUCGAAAGGUUAGUGGUAGCCAUGAACAUCUCCCCAAUAAUUCUUCAUUGACACCAGCACCUGCUGUGUCACGGAAGGGUGUUGUUUCAGAGCACAUCAAAGGAUGUCAGCCUGUAACAGGAGGGAAUACCAGUGGUCGGAAAUUGACACACAAACCUCUGUCACUUGUUCGUGAACGAUUAGCAAGAGGACCUAGUUGUAAUUCAAGUGGAGCUACACCAAAUGCAGGUAAUUCUAAUGCAGAUAAAAAUUCCUCAGAUUGUUGCAAUCUUCAAAACUCCACUUUAACAAAAAUAAAUGAGAUGCAUUUAUAUUCCGCAUCAGAUGGAACAAUUCAUGACAACUGUAAAACUGGCAAUUGCAAAACCAAGGACAUAUCAAGGUUUCAGAAGAAACUUUUAGAGGAUUAUAUUAGUGGGGAUAGUGCUACAACUUGUAUAAAUCCUUUUCGGGGUUCAUCUUCAUCCAGGAGUACUCAACAAAAAUCUCUAACAAACUCUGGUGUUUCUGAAAAUAAUACAGAAAACAGGAGAUUGUCAAUGACUUGUGAGCAAUUUGCUCAAGCCCUUAAUGAACGCCCAAGUCAUACAACUUGGGAUCGGUGCCCUCCAACAGACAGACAAGACUCAGAGACUGCUGAUAAAUGUAACCCGUAUGAAUCUUGUACUGACCCACCAGGGUCAUGCAGCAGUUUAUUGCCUCAUUAUGAUGCUGUUAGAUUGGAUUCUCCUAAAAUAGGGAGCCUCACUGAGGAGCUCUUUCGACUAUCCAAAUUUGGCUGGUACUGGGGCCCAAUUACUCGAGUUGAAGCUGAACAAAAGCUUCUUAAUCAACCUGAUGGGGCUUUUUUAGUGCGUGACAGCUCUGAUGAACGAUACCUUCUCAGUUUGAGCUUUCGCUCUUACGGUAAAACUUUGCAUACGCGUAUUGAACAUUGUAAUGGAAUGUUUAGCUUUUAUGCUCAACCAGACACAGAAGGUUAUCCUUCCAUUGUGGAUUUAAUAGAACAUUCAAUGAGUGACUCUGAACAAAAAACUAGAAUAAUUUGCUACUAUAGAUACUGGCUGCCUGGAUCACCAUCAUUUCCCGUCCGAUUAACAAAACCUGUAUCUCGUUUCACCCAAGUGCGCUCAUUACAGUAUUUAUGCAGGUUUGUUAUACGACAGUACACUCGUUUCGAUCACAUUCAACAGCUGCCCCUGCCAAAUAGUAUCAAAGGUUGGAUUGAGGAGAACCAGUACUAAAACUAAAGACACUACCAAACUCCCUUUCUUCUUUUUUUUUUUUCUUUUGAUAUUACACGCACACUUCAGAAAGUCAUGGAAGCAAAUAGAGAUGUUGGUGUCAAGAAGUACUUAUAUUAAUAAUCCAUGUACACCUCCCUAGUGACCCUAGAUAUGCACUAGUAUUCAAGACUGCCUUCUUAUAACCUCUUCUACCUUACUACUGAGUAUUGCCUUAUAUUUCUUCACAUUUAGUAUUGAACAUUGCCUUUUCUGUUUACUUUGACAGUACCUAUUGUGAAGAUUCACAUGUACUCAAUACUGCUUUGCUAUCUUUCUAUCUUCCUACCUGUUCAGUAGACACACACACAAACACACACACACACAAACACAAAAACAUAGUAGGUGAAUAGUUGUAAGGAUGCAUUUCAUUCACUAUCAUUCACACAUUAUACUGAGUACUGCCUUGUCCACCAAUGGAAACACUCAGUAGUGAAGUACAUGUUUGCUCUCCCUUUCUUUUGUGCCCUCUCUCCCUCUCUCUCUCUCUCUCUUUCUCAUACAGAGAUAAACAAAAAUAUGUACGAAAAAAUCAAAACUGUAUGCUUUAAUUUCUCUGGACAUCAUUGCUGUGAAUAUACAUAAUUUAGAAAAUAUUGGCUCUAUACUAUUUUAUUUUACUGCAGUAAGUGCAUAUAGAAGCUGUACAUUUAUACAGAUUGCAUAUUGUGAAACAAACAGAGGUACUGCUUUCAUGUAUAUUGUGUACAUAAGUCGUAAAUAUAUUUUAACAAAAAUGAUCAGCUCAUGUGUAGAUAACCAGCAAACCUUACUUUUUUUUUUUUUUAAACUUUGAAGAGAAAAAUGAUUUUCUACACUUUUAAACACUUGAUUUACAGCAGACUUACAUACAAACACGGAGAAAUGAUAUCAUCUGGUGAGUACACACCUCGUUAGUGAACUAACAAAAUGCUCCAAACCUGCAAAUGUCUGAAGAAUCUGUCUUGGCUUUUUUUUUUUGUUUUAUUAUUACAUACAAGUCCCACUUUGCAUUUUUCUUUUUUCUUUGCAGUUUACAAUACAAAUGACUUGGUCGAUGCUAAUUGCUUACACAGACACAGACAGUCAGUUGUGGUCAUGAACAUAGUUAUACAUGCAUAUAUAGUCUCAGACCUAAACAGAUAGAUACAUAUAUGUGUGUCUGCAUGGAGUCACCUGUAAAUAACGAAUAUUUGCAAAUUUU